UGUGCCAGUGAGUUAGGGAGGUGGAAGAGAAGCGUGCAGAGGAACUGACCCAAGUGACUGUCCCCACUCCCUCAGUGGGCCUUGUUCAAUUAUAGCUAUGCCCUUGUCUAGCAUAGCCUCCUUUACUGAAGCACUCACCGAAAGAAAGAAAGAAAGAAAGAAAGAAAGAAAGAAAGAAAGAAAGAAAGAAAGAAAGAAAGAAAGAAAGGUUCCACCAAAGAUGAUGAGCAUUACGGAUGAAGAAUUGAGCACCCUCGAGAUCUCUGAAGAUAAUGCUUUCAGUACCAUUGACAAUAAUUUCCUUCUGGGUCGCCUGAGGCAGAUGGGAUCGAUUUUACAACUCUUGGAACCGCUGCUAAUUCACAGGAGUAGCAACUGAUACAUGAAGCAGUUCUUUGUUGAUGUCCUCAUUAAGCAGCAAUCUUUGAUUUAGAAAUGCCAGCAGAUGAUUAUGUUUUUAAUAUCUUUUUUGUAUAUAGGAAAAAGUGGAUUUUCUUGCACUUUCUGACAUUUUCCAAACUUUGGGCCACCUGAUUUGUUUGUUUGUUUGUUUGUUUGUUUAUGUUUUUCAAAUAUAGGUAGGAACGAGUCCAGGAAAUUUGCAAAUAUUGUUAUCUUUGUGAUACUGGAAAAACCAUGAGGUUAUGAGACACAAGUCUUCCAGGACUCCUGGGUGACAUAACCAUCAGUUAUGUAGAUACUGGAGACUCAUAAUCAAAGUCAAUCAAAGUCAAAAACAGAAAUUCAGACCCUCAGAAAUUCAGAGUCAGCACCCUUGAAGUCAAAGAAAGUCCAAUUAUGGAUCUCCUAGGAAGCAUCCCUGGACCACUGUCCACUUGUGGCUUAUUGGGUAGCCAGUCCAAGUGUGGAAAUCCUUCACCCUAACAAACUGAACCAAUGCUCUUAAGACUCCAUAGGUCUCCUUAAAUUGUCUCUCUGUUUCUGACAGUCCUAGCCAACAAUAUCGAGGGGCCCACAAAACACUUGUGGACUUUUAUCUGAUUCAUUCGGUUCUGACAAAGUGACAGACCUAUUCUCUCUCUUUAAAUAUAGCAAGCAAAUUGUUCAGGGUGCAGUCAAAAUAAAUUCUCAGACUAACCCAGAUCUUUGCUAGAGAAAUGUCUCAGUUGCCCUAGCUGCUAAUCUUUCCAGUUUAGACACCUGGGUUUCUGGUUCUUUGGCUUUUUCAAACAACUCUGUGCAUUAUGCUGUGGAGCUCUGGAGCCCAUCUGCAGUUCUUGAUUGUACUGCUUUCUUUAGUGAUGGACUUUUAUCUAAUUCAUGACAUUCUUCUUAAAUUCUGACUUUUUAGCCUUAUGUUGCUUCACCACAUGGUGAUUUAACAUUAUGAGUUCCCAUUGUGGAACAUCUGUACAGGAUAGUGUUGACACAUCUUAUAUUCAUGUAGGACAACUUGUAGAGUAGUUAGGUGGAGGGUUAGCUCCCAAGCAUACAUCCCCACAUUUCUACAUCUAAGUACACUUUUCUUCUGUGUACUGCUUGUGUGGUCCUAAAAGAAAAAGAAGAAAAAGAAGAAGGCAGUUGAUCGAUAGUAUGAUCUUACAACCCCUUUUAAUUAUUUUUAAUUUAUAUUGCUGUUCUUUUGCAAUUGCAGGCAUCCAGCUAUGAUUCCCAAUGCAGUUCCUUGUACAAGUCUAUGGAAGCUUGUGUGAAAAAGCUCUCCAUAUGGAAAUACCCUGAAUGUAGUGGGACAUGUAGUGGUCCUUAGCCAGGAGGGGACUAGAUUUGUAUCUGGUCUACUCUCCCCUAUUCUUUUUUUAAAACAGAUAAUUACAUUUAUUACAGUCAUUUUAGAAAAAUUUGCUAGACAAAAUGAUUCUUUAGGAAAGGCUUUGGAAAGAAUAAAGGCUAAUGUACUGAGUGAUUUCUCAAAAAGAACUUCUUUGUGUGUGCAAGGAGGGAGAGGCUUCUUUGAUAUAUUAUUUUUCAACAAUGGAAUGUUGCUUGCACAUAGGACUGAUGGGGACACUUCACCUGCCAUAUUGUAAUGUAAUAGGACUGUGAAGUCUUGGGGUACAUUUCCCAAAAGGCCCUGCUGUGACCUGUAUCUCUGACCUAGGGAGGAGAGCUCUCUUACUGGAAAAGAGGGAAAGGGGAGAAAGAGAGGGACAAACAACUCAAAUUAGUCAGUGCAUCUCCCUCUCAUGAAAAAUUCAGUCAUUUGAGAUCAAUGACCUCAAAACUGUGGUACAUCUGUUGGUGACCUCCAGACUUGACUUUUGUAAUGCGCUCUACGUGGGGCUGCCUUUGUACGUAGUCCAGAAACUUCACUUGGUUCAGAAUGCGGCAGCCGUUGGUUUCUGGGUCAUCUCAGAGAGACCAUGUUACUCCUUUACUGAUGGAGUUACACUGGCUGCCAAUAGGUUCCUGGAUAAAAUACAAAGUGCUAGUUAUAACUUACAAAGCCCUAAACGGCUUAGGCCCUGGGUAUCUAAGAGAGCAUCUUCUUCAUUAUGAGCCCCACCACCCAUUGAGGUCAUCUGAGGAGGUCUGUCUCCAGUUACCGCCAACUCGUUUGGUGGCUACACAGAGACGGGCUUUCUCGAUUGCUGCCCUGAGAUUGUGGAAUGUGCUCCCUGCUGAGAUACGAUCCUCUCCAUCUCUCGCAAUUUUCAAAAAACACCUGAAAACCCAUCUUUUCACCCAAGCUUUCUCAGCUUCCUAAAUUUUGGGGGUUUUAAUAUCUGGUUUAUUUUAAAAUUAAAAACCCAAUUUUGGGAUUUUAAUUACUGUAAUUGUUUAAUUGUUGUUUUAAAAUGCUUUAAAAUUAACUGUUAUAUUGUUUUUAAUCUGUUCUAGCUCUUUACUGUUUUAGUGGUUUGUUUUAAUUGUAAACUUCCCUGAGCCAUUUUGGAAAUCAAAUAAAUAAAUAAAUAAAUA